UCCGAAAUUUUAUUGUAAAACCUGUCUGAUCAAAUUCCGCGCGUGAUACUCUACCUCACCAAGGGAACGGACACAAGCAGCAAGCUAACGUACACGGCAACAGAUUAGAAUCAUAAAAACCAACCGAAACAACAACAAACAUGACAGAGGUUGAUGUUCCUCAGACUAGGCCACCAGAGCCACUCAGCAUCCACAUUGUUAAAGCUUCAAACUUGAAAUUGACAAAGAUAGACAAUGGUCAGAAAGGAACUAAGGGAGAUAAUGUGCAGAUUACGGUUAAGGUGGAAUUUGGUGACAGACAGUUGGGGGAAUCCCCUAAGGUGGAGUGUAUCCCCGAUACCCCUGCAGAGAUUGAUUAUACAGCUACACUGAACUGUACCUUUGAGGACCCCUUGGUCUUAGAUGAAAUUUCUUACAGACCAGUUGUCUUGACUGUGACAGAAGUUCUACCAAAGGAAAAAAAGCAAAAAGAGGAGAAGACUGCUCAGCUUGGACAAUGUACUGUGGAUUUACUUCCCCUUGUCAAAGGUGAAACAAAACAUCACUACAAUCUGGUGAUCAACCCUUUGCCUGGCUCGCCUUUGGAGACAAUUAGUCCUGAAAGUCCUAAGCCAGAGAUGGAGGUGGUGAUCUCAGUUCAGGAAUCCCUGUUGGAGGGGACACACAUUGACCAGGGGAACCUGAUGACCUUGACUGUAGAGAGUCUGUACUCUCCCCCCGAGUCCUGGACAAUGACCGGCACACAAUAUGCUUAUUGUUCUGCACUUCCCAUCCCAGUGUCAGCUGAGAAAGAGACACCAGUAGUCUUUGCUAAUGGGGCAUUAAAGCCAAGCGUUGACAAGGAGCCCCCCAAUCGCCAGAAAAAGUGGGCUGUACCAGGCACUGCUCAAGGAAACUCUGUCUACAUCCCAGAGAGUUUCCUACCCCCUGACAAUAUUGAUGAUGAAGAUGGUGAAUUCAAGGGUAAAGAAGAUCGAGAGCAUCGUCAUAUGGCAGAGACAGAAAAACUGAGGGUCACCUGGAAUACAGAGAGGAGAUGUUACAUGGAUGCCCUGGCUACCAAAAGUUUCCAGGAUAAGAUAGCUAAGUGUAGGUAUUGGCCUGUGGAGGUGAUGAGGUUACCUCAGCCAGCGGCUGCCAAGGGCAAGAAGUCACAGAAUGCUACUACAGUUGAUGAUGAAGGAUCCAUUAGUUACCAUGGUGUGGCUUUUGUCAACUUGGCUCCUCUCCUAUACCCAGGGGUGAAGAGAAUAAGAGGAGCAUACAAAGUACAUGCAUACACUGAUCAUGCAAUGCAUGAGAAGACCAAGAGGAAGACAGGGUUUGGGGAGGAGGCAGCUAAGAUUGCCUUCAACAUCCUAAACAGAAACAGUGCCUCUCCUUUCCCAAAGAAAGCUGGAAAAGAAGGGGGAGAAAAGAAAGAGAAAGAGGUCAAGAAGGGGCGGUCAAUGAGCAUUGCUCAACAACAACAGCAACAGCAAGCCAAUGCGGCCCCAGCGGGGCCGGGGGGUCAAGUUCCAACGGAGGCCUCUCAGACCAUAAAGUCAGACACUGGAUCAGAGAUGGAGGGACAGGCCCCCGUCAAUGUCGAGGGACAGCAGUAUGUGGAUGCCAAGUCCUACGUCAUGUUAGAAAUCUGCCUCACCAGGCCUCUUAUACCCAAAAGGCCCCCAGAGGAACUGGCUAGAAGAGUUGCUGAAUACAUUCCUCCAAGACCACUGUUUCCAAAAAGAACUGAUGGAGCUCAGAGGGCUGUUGAAGAUUUCCACAAUCAAGUUGGAAGUGUUGCUAAUCUUAUCCUAGACGAGUUCAGGGAUCAGUUUGGUGAUAUCCUAAAGACAGAUGAUGUUCCACAAACUGUAGAAGCAAUGGAAUCCAGGAGGCAGAAAUUGAUCUAUGAGCUGAAUUCCUCUGGAAAGUACUUUUCAUUUAAAGAACAGCUAAAGUAUGCAGUGGUGAAGAUUGUACGCGAGAAAUAUCUUAAAACUUCAGCCUUUGAGGACAGACAAGAACUACAGACUUUCCUUAGUGAGUUGUAUGUUUACUUGAUUGAUCAAAUGCAUGUUGCUUUGGGCAAAUUUUUGGCCCUUGAGGAUCAAGCUCCCAUUCCCAAGCCUAUGACUGACUCUGCCCAGCUCAAGCACUUUGCAAGAGAAGCAGAAGUUAAUGGAAAUUAUGAGCUAGCCACCAAAUAUUAUCAAGAGAGGAUUGCAAGAAACAAGAAUGAUCCUUCCCACUGGUUUGAUUAUGGAACCUUCUGUUUAUACAUCAAUGAUAUUACCAAGGCAGAGGAAUGCUUCAAAGAGUGCAUCGCUAUUGAUCAGAAGCAUUUACAAGGGUUGCUAUUGUAUGGGGUUGUCUGCACUCUAUCAGAGAGAAAUGAGGCUGCUGAAACAUUCUUUGAAGCAGCCACAUGUGUGGAUCCCAAGAGCAUUCUGGCCUGGACCAUGCUUGGCCUGUUUUAUGAUGCUGUUAACAAUGAGAUAGGAGCAGAAAUGGCUUACCUUGAAGCCAACAAACUUAACCAAGCAGCAGCUGUUGCUGAGGCCAAGGCUCUGAGAGAUGAUGAGAUGGCCAAAGAGAAACUAGCCAGAGGAGAACAUGAGAGUGAGGAUAAAGAAGUGGACCAUGAUCAGGGAGGCUUGGCCCCACCCUCAGUCCCUGACAUCAAACAACCCUCCCCUCCAUCUAGUGACAAACCUCCAACUUCUGCUCGCUCUGGGAAAGGUUCUGUCAGUGAUAGAAGAAUGUCUGCGUCCAAGAGAUCUGACCCACAUCUCCGCCCAGAUCAAUCCCCUCUUUUACAAGGAAGUAAGAUUAAGACAGACAGUACCACCUCUCGCCCUGGCAGCCAUUACAGGAUGGGGAGCCAGCGCGGUACCCCCCAGCCUGCGGAGGAGGUAGAGGAAUCCCCUGUCAGGGAGCCCACCCCUGUCCCCCGAUCCAGUAUCUACAUGCAGGCCAUUGAGUGGCUGAUUGAGGUCAAAGCUAUCCCUUUCACUGAGAGAGCCCUGGCACAUGAACUGCUGUCUCCAAUGGGAGGCCCCACUUCUGGAUAUCACAUUAACUAUGCCAGGUUAAAGCUUCAGAAGAAAGAAUACAAGGAAGCUGAAAACAGUCUGGAUGAGGCCCUGCAGUUUGACUACCAGAACCCGGAUGCCUGGGCCCUGAUGGGACAUGUGAAGUAUAUGACCAAUGAUGUGGAGGCUUCCAGGGACUGCUAUGAACGCACUCUUUCCUUUACAACGGAUGCAGCAGAAAUGCAUUCUAUAUACCUUAGAUUGGCCUCUAUAUACCUCCAAGAGGAAAAGUUUUCAAAUGCAAAGAAUACUUUCCUUAUGGCUUGCAAGAGAUCCCCAUCUUGUGUUUCAUGGCUGGGUGUUGGUAUAGCAUGUUAUAGGUUAGGAGAACUAGCAGAAGCUGAAGAUGCACUGUCUGAGGCCAACAUCCUAAACAACACUGAUCCAGAAGUCUGGGGUUAUCUGUCCUUGGUCUGCCUCAAAACUGGCAGACAGCUGGAAGCAGAACAGGCCUAUAAAUAUGCAUUGAAGUUGAAUCUGUCUGAUUAUGAUUUGCUGGCAGAAAUACAGCAUGUGCAGCAGGUUUUUAAGUAA